CGCCGCAUAUUAAGCUUAAAAAUAUAUUCCAUUUAUAUUUGCCAAAAUUCACUGCAUAUGGGUUGGCUUUAUUCAGGAAAACUGAGUUCUAUUGGCAACGUCGCUUCUAAUGCGCACCCCUUUGGAUCAGAUUUACUUUCACCCUCAAUAUACGCGAGCCUCCGCAAUGUUUUCCCUAGUUACACUCAGGUUUUUCGGGAAUUUUUAAGGUAAACCAGCUGUUCCUGGAAUAUUUCUUUAAAGGUUAAGAUGACACUGCCACGCCCUAUCAAGUUUCCUAUCCAUCCACCAAACCCCGUUUAAGCCACUUAAAAUUCUACAAAAUGAUAGCGACCAGACGUCUACCAGGGCUGAUUUAUACCCACAGAUACACCGCUUAUGCCAUAGGGAUUAUUGUUUCGACUUUUGUUUAUUUGCUAUUUAAAUGGAACGUUUUUUGUGUAAAUCUGCAAGCGUGGCAACACGUCAAAAAAAUGUGCACCCUCUACGAGCAAGGAUUAGCAAUCGGAUCGCUCUGCGCCCCCCUCUGCGUCUCUAAAGACAUCCACUCACUCACAUGUCACUCCUUCCAAGCGGCGAAAGAGGCGGUCUUCAGUGCAGAAUGGCACAACAUCAAGCUGGUAUUCAAAUCUGUCGACACCGAUGUCCAACCUAUCCACUGGUACGACAAUGGUCUACUAAGGUACCCGACGGAGAAAGAAUUUUUGUCUACGAUACGCACCAUCGUUAAGAGAAAAUUAAAUUUGACCUUGGCUUAUGAUACCGCUUCGAGGUUGGCUAGGUUAAAACCCUCUUAUGAGGAGAAGGAUUUGGUGAAGAGGAGGCAGGAGAUGGAUAGCUUAUGGUACUUGUUGCAAGAUAACGAAUAUCUUUUAUCGACGAUUUUUACAGACAAGGAUAUUUUCCCGCAAUUGAUUGGUACCUGUGGACCUUAUUUUGCUGUGGAAUAUUUGGACCCAGUGCCUUUUACCUCAGCAGUGUUUGCCAUAAGCGAAGACUGGGGUCAAAGAUUAAAAUUCGCCCUACAGAUCCUCGAGCUGCUCGACGAACUCGACACGAGCUUUCGCGAACCAUUCCACUUGUGUGACGUCAAACUGAGCCAUUUCGGUUACGUGAAAAACAUGAAAAAACUUAAAUACCUGGAUCUGGACGAGGCGUUUCCGCGGACCGUUAUUAACUCUCUCUUUAAGCUGAGUAAAUGUAACUCAGAUGACGACUGUGAAUUUUUAGAUUGUCGUUCCACGUGUAACUCGACCACGAACAAAUGCAAACAGGAAAUCGGUAAUAAUAAUUUGCAGAUCGUGUGCGAAAAAAUCUUUCUUGGUUGGAGAAUGUCCAACACUGUUAUAGUGCCUGGGUUGUUAAUGUCUCAGCAAACUCCUUCGGAAUUAGCGUCGAUUUUGAGGCAAUGUGCUAAUCCUGAAGGAGUGAGCGGGAAAGUGAGAAAGAUGCCCGACGACGAGGUGAGGAAGAGGUUGUACAACGUACUGUUUGAGAUGGAACAAUCAGUUAAUAAUGAUUUCUUUCUUUGAGGAUAUUAAUAAACAUGUUUAUAAAUGGA